AAUACUAUCAAUUCGUAGAAGUCACGUAGAUCCAACAUGGCCACGAUGGAAAGAGAUUUUAGUAAAGUGAUUUUAACCCUUGAAAAUGUCCUCAUCCCAGACGAAAAAUUAUCGCCAACCCCUUCAAUGCAAGAUGGUUUAGAUUUAGAAACAGAAACUGAUCUCAGAAUACUUGGAUGUGAGCUAAUACAGACCGCUGGAAUUUUGCUCAAGUUGCCGCAGGUGGCAAUGGCGACAGGACAGGUGUUGUUCCAGAGAUUUUACUAUUCAAAGUCUUUCGUGAAACACAACAUGGAGGUUUUAGCCAUGGCAUGUGUGAACUUGGCAUCAAAGAUUGAAGAAUGUCCUAGAAGAAACAGAGAUGUCAUCAAUACAUUCCAUCAUGUGAAACAAGUCCGCAAUCAGAAGAAUAUUCAUCCCAUGGUUUUGGACCAAAAUUACAUCAAUUUAAAAAAUCAAGUGAUAAAAGCAGAAAGACGGGUGCUCAAAGAGUUGGGCUUCUGUGUGCAUGUGAAGCACCCACAUAAGGUCAUUGUGAUGUACCUACAAGUGUUGGAGUCAAACCAAAAUCAAAAAUUGGUACAAUGUGCAUGGAACUACAUGAAUGACAGUUUCCGGACAGAUGUAUUUGUACGCUAUAAUCCAGAAACUAUUGCAUGUGCAUGUAUAUGGCUUGCUGCCAGACAGCUUCAGGUUCCUUUGCCUAACAGUCCCCCAUGGUUGACAAAUCCAAAGCUUGGAAGAAGUAAUUCUGUAAGAAUUGCAGCUAGAAGUAAAAAGAAUGCAAAGGGACUAUUCUCUGAAAGAGACACGCCAAAUUCUACCUCAAGACAGAAGAGUAGUCAUAAACAAAAAGAGAAUUGUAUCUGUAUAUAUAUUGCUUAUUUCAGUGAUGGAUCAAAGAAGAGGAGAAAUGGUAUAUCAAGAAGCAGGUCGAGGAGUAGAUCAAGGUCAUCGCGGUCCCGUUCCAGUAGAAGUUACAGUCCCGCACCAAAGAAAAGAAAAAGGAGGAGUCUUACACCAGUGAGAAAAUCAAAGAAAGACAAGUACUCACCAGACAGACGUAGCAGCAAGGACAUACACAAGUCGCGUAAGCGAAAACACAGAUCUCGUAGCAGGAGUUACUCAUACAGUCCAUCCCCUGAAUACAAAUCUAGUCACAAGAAAAGGUCGAAGGAUAAGGAUCGCGAUUACAAAGACAGAGAUUAUAAAGAAAAUAAAGACAGAUAUUAUUCGCCUGACCGACACUCGCGUAAACACAGAAACGGACAUCAUUUGAGUCCCUCGCGUGAUCGUAGUGACAAAUACGAUAAAUAUGACAAGUACGAUAAAAUGGUGUACCGUAGAUGAUGUUGGUUCAAAUAUAGUGUCUACAGAAUAUUGUGAUAUGUGCAAGUGUGAGCUGCAUGAAAUAAAUUGUAAAAGUGUAAAUGUAGUUAAUUGAAAGAACAUAUAUUGAUUACUUACUUGACUGGUUCAUGUAUAACUGUAUAUGUGUUUUUAAAGAAAUGCUUGAAGUUUAGUUGAAAUAUAAAUUACAUCUUAAAGUCACAACAGUAAAUUAUUCUGUUUGAAAAUUGCGUUUUUUUCCCCCCAAAGAAACGGGGAAUUUUCAAAGAAAUGCUCUCAGGGUCUUUUUGUUGAUAUAAUUCUUGUAAAGUUAUCAUUUAAGUGCAAUUAUGAAUUAUCUCUUCCAUUGCGAGUUGGAAUGCUUGAUUUUGUAUAUUUCAUUGUUACAUUACAGACUAGUUGUCAGAUGUAAAAGUUAAAAAAAAAACUUUGUUUUUUUUCCAGAUCGAUUUAAUAAAAAGAAUUGUUUUGUUUAUAUGAUAUUAAGGUUGUUUUGAAGGGUAGUGCUAGCAUUCAAAUAAUUUGUGCAAAUGGAACAUUAGCAAGCUUUCCACUGUCUUACUAGAUUUGCAGGUGAAUAGAUAUAAGCCGAUUUUAUUAACACAUUUCAAAAUUUCAUUUAACUAUAGUUUGCAAACAAAACAGAAAGAAACUUUAAAAAGUAGAAGUGAAUAAUUUUUAGCUCAUCUGAUUUUUUGAAAAAAAAAAUGAGUUAUUGUCAUCACUUGAUAGGCGUCUGCGUCAGCGUUGCCUGGUUAAGUUUUGUUUAGGGUCAGCUUUUCUCCUAAACUAUCAAAGCUAUUGCUUUGAAACUUGGAACACUUGUUCACCAUCAUAAGCUGACCCUGUAUAGCAAGAAACAUAACUCCAUCCUGCUUUUUGCAAGAUUUAUGGCCCCUUUUGUACUUAGAAAAUAUCAGAUUUCUUGGUUAAGUUUUAUGUUUAGGUCAACUUUUCUCAUAAACUAUGAAAGCUAUUGCUUUGAAACUUGCAACACUUGUUCACCAUCAUAAGCUGACCCUGUACAUCAAGAAACAUAACUCCAUCCUGCUUUUUUCAAGAAUUAUUGCCCCUUUUGGACUUAGAAAAUCAGUUUUCUUGGUUAAGUUUUAUGUUUAGGUCAGCUUUUCUACUAAACUAUCAAAGCUUUUGCUUUAAAACUUGCAACACUUGUUCACCAUCAUAAGCUGACCCUGUACAGCAAGAAACUUAACUCCAUCCUGUUUUUGCAAGAUUUAUGGCCCCUUUUGGACUUAGAAAAUAUCAGAUUUUUUGGUUAAGUUUUUAGUUUAGGACAACGUUUUCUCUUAAACUAUCAAAGCUAUUGCUUUGAAACUUGCAACACUUGUUCACCAUCAUAAGCUGACCCUGUACAUCAAGCAACAUAACUCCAUCCUGCUUUUUGCAAUAAUUAUUGCCCCUUUAGGACUUAGAAAAUCAUUUUCUUGGUUGAGUAUUAUGUUUAAGUCAACUUUUCUCAUAAACUAUCAAAGCUAUUGUUUUAAAACUUGCAACAGUUUUUCACCAUCAUAAGCGGACGCUGUACAUCAAGAAACAUAACUCUAUCCUGCUUUUUGCAAGAAUGAUGGCCCUUUUUAGACUUAGAAAAUCAUGGGUAGGACAAUAUUUCUAUUAUACAAAAAAAUCAGAGGAGCGUCAGCAACCGCAAGGCAGUGCUCUUGUUUAUAUUUGUGUAGACUGGACAUGAUUCCACAUUUAAAAGGAUUAAAACAACAGCAAUUUUUAUAAGAUUUUGAAUUAAACACUUGGAGUGAAAAAAAACUUGUUCGUUUCAAAAACAGCUGACUGUUUAUUACUUGUGUAUAAAAUGUACAUUUGAUUUUUAGUUUUGUAUAAAGCAGCCUAGAUGGUCUAUUUAAAUAUCAUGACACAUAAAUUGCAGAUUUGUUUAUAUUUCAUUUUGUACAUAGAUCUGAAGAUGUGUAUGGUGUACAGAAAAAUACUUAAAGAAAAUUUUCAGAAAAUAAAUAAAAAAAAACUAUG